UUGGAUGGCAACCAUGGACUGGCUUUGGCGAUGCGGAGCUGAUAGCCGGUGAGGGCAUGGCUGUCGUCUGGAACCCUACCACCCAAGUUGACUUGUUUGUCGUCAAUCUCAACGGCCAGAUUGUCCAUACCAACUGGAACAGAGAUGCCGAAGAGACUGGCAUGUGGAAACUGCACAACUGCGUCAACGGAUGCCCGACUUUCCUCUGCGAACUUCGGUUACAGCGCAGUGGACCAAGACUUACAAGUUCCUCGAGGUCUAUGCCACCAACAAGAACGGCCAGGUCUGGGCUUGCUACUUUGAGCAAGCAACUAAGAAAUGGGGCGACUGGUUCAUAGUUGACCCUCUGACGGACAGGGCCCCUGCAACACCGCUGACAGUAACGGCUUCACCAGACUGCUCGACGACGUUUCUAUUCGGUGUCGACCGCACUGGCUCUGUCUCUGUCUCCACAGGCACGACUUACAACGUGUGGUAUCGCUUCGAAAGUCUCGGCUGGGUAGCUAAGCCUGGCACAACCGUCUCGGCAAUCUGGUACCAUGACGAGCUGCACAUCUUCGUUGUCGGCAGCACGGGAUCUGCGCUGCACUCGAUCCGCAAUAAGGACGGCGCCUGGAACCUACAAAAUGCCGUCCAUUACGACAAUGUCCAGCUUCUACCUGGCAGUACCAUUGUUCCCGCCGUGGUGUACGGCCGUUUGUGCGUGACGGGAGUCGACGCGAACAGUACCGUCUGGCAAUCUGUGUUUGGCCAGAAGAUCAAGGGCGACUGGGAUAACUGGACAUGCUUCCCAGCCACGGUGGUUGCUGGUACAGAGAUUUACCCGACAGCCAACGGGAACGGCAACUUAGGUCAUGCAGGAAAUGGCUUCCUCCUCAAGAAGCAGAGGGCGUAUCAGAAGGUGGAUCAGUGGUAUGACUGGGACCGUGUGCGCAAUCUUGACAAGAUACAUACUGGUGGCAAGAUUGUGGAGAUUAACAACCCGUCGAGGGACGAGAGGCCGGAUAAGAUCUAUGUUGUUGGUAAUGACGGCAUUGUCUGGACCGACUGGUGGUCUUACGACUAUCUUGAGUAA